AAGCUAUAAAAGGGAGAUGGAUGUUUUCAGUGCAUUAGGCAUUCAGCUCAAGCCACAAUGGGUAGCAUGCAAAGACAUUUCGUGGUUGCCUUAUGGAUUAUAUUUGCUCUGAAUACCCACGUGAGAACAGAAGAAACAACCUCUGCAUCACCUAAUACCACAGAAACUUCACCCCCAGAAACCUCAGAGACUUCAUCAACAGAGUCCUCUUCCAGUCCUCCUCCAACCACCUCAGGGAUUCAAUCUUCUGAAAGCCCAUCAAGUGCACCUUCAGAGGCCCCCUCAAGUGCCCCCACAUCAACGUCAGGGACCGUAUCUUCAGAUCCCCCCGCCAGCCUCCCUCCAAAAACCUCCAAGGGACCUUCUUCCGAGAGCUCUUCAGCUCCUCCUUCACCAACCUCUGAGUCUGCAUCUCCAAAAUCUACUUUGGCAGCAGCUGGUACUACCUCUCUGGAAAUGUCUAAGACUGAACUUACAACAGUCACAAUGAGUAGCAGAACAAUAAAUUCAUCUUCUCAAACCAUCACCCCAGGCAUAUCCACUAAGACAUCAGAAAAAGUGCCACCUGGAGGUGAGAAUUCAACCUCAGCUCUGCCUCCUGUAGCUACAAAUAUCAAAGCCACAACUGUCAAAGCCACAAUCACUCCUGCCUUGGUCACCACUUCCAAAACCACUGUGACGCCUGGAAAAGAUACAACUUCUAGAAGUAGCACCUCCAUCACAACCAGAAGUACAAUGCGCUCCAUUGCUACAGUUUCUUCUGAAACAACUCAGCAAAACACUACAACUAGUGGAGACAAAUACCCAAAAUGGGCUUUUAUCCUCCUCCUUUGCACGACCGUCACACUGUCUUUCCUGUUCCUGGCCUGUCUUGGCUGCUUGGUUGCCCGCUAUGUGAAAUCUCCUUUGUGUGUUCCUGAAUCUGAGAAUGUGUACAGAAGUCACACUAUGCUUCAGAGUUUUCGGAAUCUCAGCUGUGAAAGGAACAGCAAUCCACAGAUGCCCCAAGACAAUAACCAAGAGAUGCUGUAAAAUAUUCACCAACAGAUGUUUCAGACUUCUCAGGAUUGAUAGCAACUUAUAACAGGAGGGAUUUCUUCCCAAUUUAUUUUUGACAUUUUUUAGCCAAAACAUUUACAGUGCCUUUCUCCCAUCAUCUCAUACAUGAACAAACAGGACAUGGUAGAAUUUUAUUUGAUCUGUAUUUGUUAGUGAAUGGACUUAAUUGUUCUUCUUCAGAUUAAUAUGUAGAUGCUCUAUUUAUUCUUCAAGUGGCAUUCCUCUGAAUGCCAGUGCAGCCUUCAGUUCAUAAGUUAAAUCAAUGUUCCCGCGGAUCAAGCUUCAGUUCUGAUGACUUCAUGGAUACCUCCUUGUAGCUUUCCUGGCCACAGAAUGGGAAUAAUUAGUUUCUGUCUCCAUUCUCUUUUAUUUUUCUCUCUCCAAAUUCCAGCAUAGACUACAACCAUAAUAUUUCAUAGUCAUCUUGCAUCCAAGUACUGUACUAACAAAAUUUCACUCUGCUUCACUGCUUGAGAUCUCCGAAAAUCACCCGGUUCAACCUUAAAAUAUAUGAAUUUUAUUGAGAGUCAGUUUGGUGUGGUGGUUAAGGCAUCUGUCAUGGUUCCAACUAAUGAAACACUUCAAAGAAAUUCCAGGCAUGUUUAUCCUAAAGCA